GCAGGCGCGUGUGGACUGCGCCUGCGCCUGCGCCGGACACCGAGCUCUGGGCGGGGCCUGCUCUUCGGCCGGCCUGCGCACACUGCGCCUGCGCGGGUCGAGGGCGGUGGCUCAGAUUCCUGGUAGGCAGCGUUCGCCCCUCCGCGGUGUAGAUGUAGAAUUCAGCGGAGGAACGCGGCCGAGAUGUGAAGGGGAAAUGAAAUAAUAAAAGCAGCAGUUAUGAGGCAGAGCCUAAGAGAACUAUGGCGACACCAGGUGACUGUCCCAGAAGUGAAUCGCAGGUCAUCUCGGUCCUGGAGGAAGAGCCCAUGGACUAUGGCAGUGAGGUGCAGCUCCUGCAGGAGGGUGUGCAGUCACAGCCACAGCCUGAGGAGUUUGUGGCCAUCGCAGACUAUGCUGCCACCGAUGAGACUCAGCUCAGUUUUUUGAGAGGAGAAAAAAUUCUUAUCCUGAGGCAAACCACAGCUGACUGGUGGUGGGGUGAGCGUGCAGGCUGCUGUGGAUACAUACCUGCGAACCAUGUCGGGAGGCAGAUGGAAGAGUACGAUCCUGAGGAUACCUGGCAAGAUGAGGAAUACUUUGGCAGCUAUGGAACUCUGAAACUUCAUUUGGAAAUGUUGGCAGACCAACCUCGGACAACAAAAUACCACAGUGUCAUCCUGCAGAACAAGGAGUCCUUGAAGGACAAGGUCAUCCUGGAUGUGGGCUGCGGGACUGGGAUCAUCAGCCUUUUCUGUGCGCAUCACGCACGGCCCAAGGCGGUGUAUGCUGUGGAGGCCAGCGAGAUGGCACAACACACAGGCCAGCUAGUCCUGCAGAACGGCUUUGCUGACACCAUUACCGUGUUCCAGCAGAAGGUGGAGGAUGUGGUGCUGCCUGAGAAGGUGGAUGUGCUGGUGUCUGAGUGGAUGGGGACCUGCCUGCUGUUUGAGUUCAUGAUCGAGUCCAUCCUGUAUGCCCGGGACACAUGGCUGAAGGAGGAUGGGGUCAUCUGGCCAACUACGGCUGCACUGUACCUGGUGCCCUGCAGCGCGGACAAGGACUACCACAGCAAGGUGCUCUUCUGGGACAAUGCCUACGAGUUCAAUCUCAGUGCGCUCAAAUCUUUAGCAAUCAAGGAGUUUUUUUCAAAGCCCAAGUAUAAUCACAUCUUGAAGCCAGAAGACUGUCUCUCUGAACCGUGCACCAUUUUGCAGUUGGACAUGAGAACCGUGCAGAUCUCCGAUCUAGAGACCAUGCGUGGUGAGCUGCGCUUUGAUAUCCAAAAGGCCGGCACCCUGCACGGCUUCACGGCCUGGUUCAGUGUGCGCUUCCAGAGCCUGGAGGAGGGACAGCCACAGCAGGUUCUCAGCACGGGUCCACUGCACCCCACCACGCACUGGAAGCAGACCUUGUUUAUGAUGGACGACCCAGUCCCUGUCCACACAGGAGAUGGUCACAGGUUCCGUUGUAUUGCAAAGAAAUCCGGUGUGGAGAAGGCACAUGUCCGUUGCUCUGAGCUGGGCCGUCACUUCCAGACAAGAUCCCACAUCUCAAAAAGUUGGAGAGAAAGUCUUUCCCAUCUGGAGAUGACGGUUGAGUUCUUCUUGGGAGGCAUGGUGCGCAUCUUGGGGGAUGAUGGUGCACCUGGCCUCCCAUACACCUGCUGUACAGUCUGUGCACAUUUGCUCCACACUGACCCCUCCCCACCUGACAGGUGAUGUCAGGGCCCCCCCAUAACCCCUCCCCAGACAAGUGCUUGGGUUUGACCCCAGUGGUGUCCCGCUAGUGUAGGCUGUGUCUGCAGGUGUUCACCCCGUGGUGCCGACAGUGCUGCCCGUGGUGGUUGUGGCGGCUAUGUUCCCAGCUAGGUGUAGUUUUAGACUCCUCAGACGUACGCAUGUCAGCCUCUGUUUCUGUGACCGUGACGUUCACGCCUCGUGUCUGUGGUGUCCUUGCUGCCCUCGCUCAGCCACUCCUGCAGAGUGUGGGGUGCAGAGCUAUGCCUGGCUCUGCAUAAGGCAGACGCUGAGUAGCUGUGGCUUGGCGCAGGGGCUGGCGGCAGCAAUGCAUGUGACAGGUUCUGCAUGGCGCUGCAGUGUGCAGACGUCUUCCAGGUAAAUUGUGGGACAUAGUACAUGCUCAAUAAAUAUUUUUCAAUGAACGAGUGUUGUCCAUCCUGCUUCUAUGCAUGUACGUUGUUUCUCACAAACGUGAGAUCAUGUGGUACUCAUUGCUUUGUAACCUUUUCUCAGUGUUACAGACUUACUUCCAUGUCAGUAGCUGUACAUGUAUAAUUUGUGGCUUUGUAUUGUUUUGAUGUCUAGUAAAAUUUUAUUAAAAUCUAAUGUAUUUGCUGAAAGCUCAACAAUCAUGAGUGUAGAGAUGAAGUCUUACAAGUUGCACACACACGGACCCACACCAGGCUGAGACACGUCCCCCACUGGUACCCUUUAAGUGUGGUGCCCUCACUUAGCUGUAGGUCUCUCUUCCUUGUUUUGAGCAUUGUGUCACAGACACGCAUGUUGUGUAUUCCUUUGUCCUCCUUCUUCAGGUCAGUCUUGAGUCUGUGAGCUUCAUCAUGAGUUGUAGGUGGUACAGGGCACUUUCUCAUUGUACAGUAUUCCCAUGAAUGAAUGCACCACGAUUCACAUAAUAUAGCCUACCACCAGUGACAUCUGUGUUGUUCCCAGUGUCUAGCCCUUGUGAUUAGUGAGAAUGGAAUGUUUCUGGGUCUGCUUCUUGGUGCAUGCCUGCAUUUCUCUUGGCUGCACACCAUACAGGCACUGCCAGGUCUUCAGAGUCAAGGAAUUGCACCCUCCCAGCCAGGUUGGACCAGUGCUGUGAGUCCUGGUCAACACUCAGUCUUGGGUUUGGCAUUUCCCUAACUAAGGUAGUUUCAUGUAUUCACUGGUCAUUGGGAUAGCCUAGGUUUUGAAGUGCUUAUCCAAGUUUUAUGCCAUUUUACUAUUGGGUUGUUUAUCCACUU